AUGCCCGCGUUUGUGCUUGUGCAGGGGACGGAGGGAAAGCUUCGCCCAAUUGACGAUGCGCUGGAAUGCCAGUUGAACAGCGCCUACUCAACCACGCUCCACCUGCAACUGCAAGACACGGACUUUGUUACGGCGUUGGCCUUGGAGAUAUCAAAGCGGGUUUGUCAGGGCCGUCAGAGGUGCGGGAGUGGCCGCUGGGUGGGCAAAUGCCUGGAUCUUUCUAAGGCAUACAAACAGUUGCCGGUCCACCCCAGCCACCGGGACCUCGCGGUGAUUUUCUACAAAUCUCCAGAGGGGAGUCGGCCGACGAAGCAGAUGAACGAGCCUCAGAGCUGUUGGACCUACUUGGAUGGCGCCACGCGAAGACAGGCCCUAAGGAGGCUCAGUCCGUUCACGGACUGCUCCGAUACGCCAGUGGCCAUUUUGCAGGACGUCAGCUCUUGCAAGCCAGUGCAGACUUCCUCAGAUGGAGCUUGGAAAAAUCGCCAAACCCGGAACACCUCAGGCGGCAUCGGGGCUGUGGUGGUCGACCAGGCGACUGACACACGGAGGGUCUUGUCAGGCGAAGUUCCUUGUGAGCUGGCUGAGCUGUGGUCGGAGUCUGUGGGCCUGCAGGCCAUCUGUGAAGUUGAGCUGUUGGCCGUCGUGGCCCUGUUGAUUCAGGCACUUGUGUCGGAGUGA